UUAUAUAAUGAAGCCUUGGAAUCACAAACUCUGUAACAAGGGAAAAAAUACUACUAAGAAGUGAGAAGCAUAGAGAAAGAGAGAGAGAGUGAGGGAAAGAAAAGAUGGUUCUUCGAUUUGCUUAUUGCAUUAUUUUCUUUCAUGUUUUGCUUUUGAUGAGUGGCCAUGCAAAAGGAAUCCGAGAAGUACCUAACCAAGAGAAUUUCCACCAAAAUAUAAAGGAUGUUGUUGAGGAUCGAUCACUUCAAUUGUAUUACAAAAUCCUGGGCGAGCUUUUCAAAAGGCCUGCGACUGUUGGUCCUCCAGGACCUCCAGGACCUCCAGGGCCUGGAUUACCAGGAAAAGGAAUGGAAUUUGAUGACUUUGUGUUUGAUUACAUUGAAGCUCCAUAUAUAGGCUUGUUCACUCCUGAUGAUAUAUAUGUUGGCAAGGUUUUGCCUAUCUAUUUUCCUGUUCGAGACCGUUCUUCUUACCUUCCUUUCACCAUUCAAAAGGAGAUGGUUGAUUCUUCCAUUACUUAUCCAUUGUCUGACCUGCCAAAGAUUUUCCAGCCCUUAUCUGUACUCGAUGAUUCUCUACUCAAAAUCCAACCUGAUGCUGAUAAAUGUGAAAUUCAACCUGAUGAAGCUGAAACCAAAGUCUGUAUUAGAAAUAUGGAAUCAAUUAGUGAAUUUAUCAGUCGUGUUUUUGGAUCAGAAGGGAGUUUCAGAAUUGUGGAAACUAAACAAGCUGAAAUAUCUACUGCCUCGUUACAAGAAUAUACUGUUGUGGAAGAUCCACGAGAGAUUCAAGGUCCAAGAAAGGUAUUCUGUCAUCCUAUGUCUGAUGCUUUCUACUGCCAUUGUUCUAUCGAAACCACGGUUCUGAAGGUCUCAUUAGGUACUGAAAACGGAGAUAAAAUGGAAGCAAUUGGUGUUUGCCAUAUGCACACUUCAGGACAAAAUCCUGAUGAUAUUCUUCAUCACUUGCUUAAAAUCAAGCCUGGAACAACAACCCCUGUAUGCCAUUUCUUGCCAGAUGGUCAUUUUGUCUGGGUUCAAUCAGCUACUCUAAAGAAGGCUUCUUAGAUAAGAGGCUCUCUGCUAUUAGCAAGACUAUCUAGCUACCAUGCAUGUGUGCAAUUAACCAUAAAAAUAAUUGUUGAUGAUCCUGGAAAGCAAAAAUGUUAGAUCUACACCAAUGUAUUUAAGUGUGGUUUAAGCUUAAUAUGUUGUUUAUCACAAUAUAUUGUGAUAGAAUUUGUUCUGUAUUUCUUUAGUGGAACUCAAUGUGUGAUAGAUUUUUGUUA